AAUCAGCAAUAUUUGAUGACUGCAGGAAAGAGGAAGAAUGGAAGAUAAUUCUUUUAGAUGAUUACACUACUAAAUUGCUAUCACUGUGCUGCAAAAUGACUGAUCUACUGGCGGAGGGUAUCACAGUGGUGGAGAACGUAUAUAAAAACCGUGAGCCUGUCCCACACAUGAAAGCAAUAUAUUUCAUAACUCCUACCAAAAAGUCUGUAGAUGGACUUAUUGAUGACUUCAUCACUAAAUCAUCCAGCAGAUACAAAGCAGCAUACGUGUAUUUCACUGACUUUUGCCCUGACAACCUCUUCAAUAAAAUUAAGUCUUCCUGUGCAAAAUCAAUAAGGAGAUGCAAGGAGAUCAACAUUUCCUUCUUCCCGUAUGAAUCGCAGGUGUUUACUCUCAAUGUCCCAGAUGCAUUCUAUCGCUGUUACAGUCCAGCUCUGGAAAAGACAAAGGAGAGAGAUGCUGUAAUGCAAGUGAUGGCUGAACAAAUUGUUACCUUAUGUGCCACGCUAAAUGAGAAUCCAGGAGUGCGAUAUAAAAGUGCACCAUCUGAUAGAGCCAGCAAACUUGCACAGCUUGUUGAAAAUAAUCUUGAAAACUACUACAAAACUGAUGAGAAAAGCCAAAUAAAGGCUAAAACCAACUCCCAACUAAUAAUAAUUGAUCGUGGCUUUGACCCAGUAUCAACUGUGCUUCAUGAACUCACCUUCCAGGCAAUGGCAUAUGAUCUGCUGCCAAUUGAAAAUGACACUUACAAAUACAAAACAGAAGGACCUGCUGGGAAGGAACGGGAGGCAAUUCUGGAGGAAGAUGAUGACCUCUGGGUGAAGAUUCGGCACAAGCACAUUGCAGAUGUGAUAGAGGAAAUACCAAAGCUUUUGAAAGAAGUUUCGUCAAAAAGAAAAGAAACAGAAGGAAAAUUAUCAGUAUCUGCUUUGGCUCAGUUAAUGAAAAAGAUGCCGCACUAUCGUAAAGAGAUUAGUAAGGUAAGGGUUGUUCAUCUUAACUUAGCAGAAGAUUGCAUGAGCAAGUUCAAAUCUAACAUAGAAAGGCUCUGUAAAACCGAACAGGACUUGGCUCUUGGAACUGAUGCAGAAGGUCAAAAAGUAAAAGACUCUAUGAGAGUUCUCCUUCCAGUUCUGCUCAACAAAAGUCAUGAGAGCUAUGACAAAAUUAGAGCUAUUCUCCUGUAUAUCUUUAGCACAAAUGGAACUACCCAGGAGAAUUUGGACAAGCUGAUCCAGAAUGUACACAUAGAAAGUGAUAGUGAUAUGAUAAGAAACUGGAAGUACCUUGAUGUUCCUGUCAUCUCUUCAUCUACUGCUCAGCAGCAUAAACACCCAAGAAGGGACCGUUCUUCAGAAGAAACUUUCCAGCUUUCUAGGUGGACACCUGUUAUCAAAGAUGUUAUGGAGGAUGCUAUAGAAAACAAACUAGAUUCCAAAGACUGGCCUUAUUGUUCCCAGUGUCCUCCUACCUGGAAUGGUUCAGGAGCAGUAAGCGCACGCCACAAACCUAAAGCUAGUUAUCAAGAUGAGCGAAAGAGUCGUGCAAGGCUGAUUAUAUUUGUGAUCGGAGGAAUUACAUAUUCUGAGAUGCGCAGUGCUUACGAAGUUUCUCAAGCUUACAAGUCCUGUGAAGUUGUUAUUGGUUCUACUCAUAUUUUGACACCUAAAAGACUGCUGGAUGAAGUGAAGAGCCUUAGUAAACCGAAGGAUAUGGUCUGCAUUAGGGAUGAAUAG